CACAACACACUCCUCUUUCGUUUCAACUUUCAACUACGAUUCAACACUCCACACGCCAUGUACGGACACAGUGAUCACAACAAUGACUCAUAUACCUUCCCACCAGAAUUUCUUGCAGGACUAGGACCAGUGGCACCGCUACCUCAGCCGUAUGCCACCGCCGAUUGCUUCCUACCACCACCACCUUUAGCCAUUCCACAAUACGAGUUGGACUCAGUGUAUGCAACAAGCAGUGGAGGAUAUGACUCUCCGAGUUAUACUGCAAGUCCGAGCAUAGCAAUACAAAGGAGUGGUAGUAGCCAUUCGAUUACUAGUCACUUCCAUAAUAACCGCUUCUUUAAUCAACUCGUUUCGUCCCCUACUGAGUUAAUGGACUCAGAGGGGAGCAGUUCCACCACCAUGAGAAGGGUUUUCAGCGCAGAAGAUUUGCAGGGAACAAAUAUGGUGCAAAAUCACUAUCACCGAUCAGAAAGUCCAUUGUCAAGUGAAAGCAAUAGUAUCAUAGAAAGCAUGAACAAAGCCUGUCGUUAUUCGCCAGAUGAGAAAAAGGAAAGAAUCGAGAGGUACAGAAAUAAGAAAACCCAACGCAAUUUCACCAAGAAAAUAAAGUAUGUAUGUAGGAAAACAUUGGCAGAUAGCAGACCUCGUAUAAGAGGAAGAUUUGCCAGGAAUGAUGAAAUUGAGAAAGCAAUAGAGCAUCAGUGCACGAGUCAAGGAGGCACAGAAGAAGGAUUCUAUGAUGAAGAUGAUGACAAUUGGAUGAACAAUUUUCUUGAUUCAUUCCCACCAAAUCUCAUUCCAUAAAUCUUGAAAUGCUACUUUCUUAAUCUUAUUUUCACAUAAAAACUCAAAGAUGUGAAAAAAAAUUGAGUUGGGACACUGGUGUUUGGCUAUUAUAAAAUAUGGCAUCCCAAUUUUAUUUGUUUUUUGAGGUUUUAUAUGGAGAUUUAAUGUCUAGCUAGAUAUAUAAGAUUUUGGUUUUCGAAUUUUUUUUAAUUAUGUCAAGAGUUUUGGUGUAAUAAACUAAGGUUCUGACUCUAGUUUCCUGCCC